AUGGAGGACGAGCUCCAGGAGCUCGAGCGCAAGCGCCAGCGCGAAGCCGACCUGGAGCGCGAGCUCGAGGAGAUCAUGGAGAUGGAGGAGGAGCUGGCUCGCCUCGAGGAGGAGGAGGCCCAGCUGGCCGAGAUGCGGCGCGUCGAGGAGGAGCUCAAGCAGCUCGAGGAGGAGCAGCGCCUCGAGGAAGAGCGCGUCGAGAGCGAACUCAAGGAGCUCAUGGCCCGCGAGCAGAGCCAGCAGCAGCCGUCGCCCGCCGCCGCGGAGGAGACCGAGGAGGAGCGCCUGCGCCGCGAGGAGGAGGAGCUGGCCCGCAUGGAAGCCGAGCUGGCCGCCGCCGAAGCUGACGUGGCAGCGCCCGCCGCCGCUGACACGCCGUCGACACCUGCGGCCAGCGCCCCCAAUCCCAAUGCCGGCGGUGUGGCCAACAAGCCCAAGACGCAGAAGGAGAAGGAGGAGGCGUGGCGCAACAAGAUCGGGUCGGGCGACGACGAGGGCGGAUCGAAGGCCAAGGAGGAGGAGAUCCGCCGCAAGAAGGAGGAGGAGCGACAGCAGCUGGCGCGCAACGCCAAGGUGGGUCGCAUCGCCUCCAUGUUCACGGGCGAGGUCAAGGAGCGCGACAGGGCCGAGGAGGCGCGCGAGAAGGAGGAGGAGAUGCGCCGCAUCGCCGAGGCCGUCAAGGAGCGCAAGCAGGAGAGCGCGUUCCUCAAGGGUCCCGACGACGACAGCGCCGACAGGCACCAGAAGGAGGUCGAGCGCGAGGAGGCUCUCCCCAAGACGCCGCGCAAGAACGUUGAAGAGGAGUGGAAGAAGAAGGUCGAGCAGGAGGAGAAGGAGAAGCGCGAGAAGGAGGAGCGCGAGAAGCAGCAGAAGCUGGCCAACCGUCGCAGCGUGAAGAUCACUGAGGAGGACUGGAAGAAGAAGAUCGAGGAGGAGGAGCGCGAGAAGAAGGAGAGCGACAAGGCGCGCGAGAAGGAAGAGGAGAUGCGCCGCAUCGCCGAAGCAGUCAAGGAGCGCAAGCAGGAGAGCGCGUUCCUGAGCGGCGAGGAGCCCAAGGACGACAGGCACCAGAAGGAGGUCGAGCGCGAGGAGGCCCUCCCCAAGACGCCACGCAAGAACGUUGAAGAGGAGUGGAAGAAGAAGGUCGAGCAGGAGGAAAAGGAGAAGCGCGAAAAGGAGGAGCGCGAGAAGCAGCAGAAGCUGGCCAACCGUCGCAGCGUGAAGAUCACUGAGGAGGACUGGAAGAAGAAGAUCGAGGAGGAGGAGCGCGAGAAGAGGGAGAGCGACAAGGCGCGCGAGAAGGAAGAGGAGAUGCGCCGCAUCGCCGAGGCCGUCAAGGAGCGCAAGCAGGAGAGCGCGUUCCUGAGCGGCGAGGAGCCCAAGGACGACAAGAUCCAGAAGGAGAUCGAGCGCGAGGAGGCGCUGGCCAAGACGCCACGCAAGAACGUCGAGGAGGAGUGGCGCAAGAAGGUCGAGCAGGAGGAGAAGGAGAAGCGCGAGAAGGAGGAGCGCGAGAAGCAGCAGAAGCUGGCCAACCGUCGCAGCGUGAAGAUCACUGAGGAGGACUGGAAGAAGAAGAUCGAGGAGGAGGAGCGCGAGAAGGAGCGGGCCGACAGCGAGGCGGCGCGCAAGAAGGAAGAGGAGAUGCGCCUCAUCGAGGAGGAGCGCAAGCGCAGGAAGGAGAGCGGCGGCGACGCCCCGGGGUCGACGACGACGUCGGAGCCGCACCCGCGCGAGACGGUCAAGGCUGGAACGGUUAUCGAGCGCGGUCCCCACGGCGGCGUCCCGCGAGCCGCGUCGGCGCCCUCAAUCCCAGCAACCACGGCCGGCGGCGGCAGCGGCAUCCAGCGACCGGUGUCGGCCGCCCCGAGCCCGGCCACGGCCAACAAGAAGAUCACAGUCCGCGGCGAUGCGUGCGCCGUGUGCGCCAAGACCGUCUACAUCAACGAAAAGCUCUCGGCCGACGGCAAGAUCUUCCACAAGCUCUGCUUCCGAUGCGCGCACUGCAACAAGACCCUCUCCCUGGGCAACUACGCUGGUCUUGAGGGCAAGCUCUACUGGUACGCUCCUCUCCUCCUCUUCUGCAAGCUCUCGUCCUCUUCCUCCAGCAAGCCGCACUUCAAGCAGCUCUUCAAGCUGAAGGGCAACUACGCGUCGGGCUUCGGCGGCCAGACGCCUGUGGAGGAGUGGAACCAACAGAAGUCCAUGCGCGCUCAACAGCAGUGA